UUUCUUGAUCUUGCACCAGUGUAGCAAUGUGGUAUUGAUGGCUGGUCGUGUAUUACAAAACUCAAAGAUAACAUAUCAAUCUCAGGCAGCCUUUCCACUAGCCCGGGUUAAAACUAAAACGGGUUCAAAGUUAUCCGUUUCUGCGUCGCGUUCCCACUAACCCACUUGAAAAACGGAUAAGUUUGAAAACAGGUCUCAGAGUGGGUCAGUUUUUACCCGGAUAUCUUUUGACCCAUCUGCGAGUUAAUGGAAACGCCGAAACCCGGAUAACUUCUGACCCACGUGCAACAACAGCAACGUUUAAGAAUUGAGAUGGCGCCGGAAAUAAAAAAAACAAAAUCUUCGAUGUCGACCUACAACGAUGGAAAUUGAAGGAUUACUCUGAAUUCUCUUUCAACUUUUCACCCCGAAUACAUUUUAACCCGGCUUAGCGGGAACGAUCAAAAACGGAUUAAAAAAGGGGUCGAAGAAAAAUGCCGUUUCCAUUGACUCACUUUGAAAACGGAUAACUUUUAACCCGGUUUCUUUCAACCCAGGCUAGUGGAAAGGCUGCCUCAGAAGUAACUUAUAGAUGCGACGGGAUCACCAUCCAUUGAAACUAUCUUUCAUGAAUUCGUACGCCAUUGCGUUAGGUAUCGUUAAGCUGUAGGAUAGGUAAUAAACACGUAUUAUAGGAAUGUGUUUUUGUGUUCUGAUGUCUAGGUCAUUUUCGUUGGUGAGACGGGUUGGAUCAGAAUAUGAUCAGAAUAUGAUUUGGGUUUCUGUCAUGACUUUUAUGAAUAAUAUUGUUUGUCAAGUUCAUUAAUAAUUGCUAUUAACAUUAGAUAUUGCCAGAUCUUCGGUAAUUACAAGAAUAGUUUCUACUUUUAACUGAGUCAAAUCUUACUAAAUGAAAUAUUGCUGUUUUUCAGCCAAAAAUCUAGUUAUGGAGCCUUGCCUUUCAUUGCAAAAACUUUGCCGGUCGUGUAAUUCAUUUAGCAUACGUCUUGUACCCUUGUGCCAUGCCUGUUCCACCAGCUCUCAGACUGCUGCGCAAAAGGCUUUGAAGUCAGAUAGAGAGCAUUACAAAUAUUGCUCUUCACAGAAUGCGAUGUAUUUUCAGGUAGUAAUGCUUAUCUGCCUCAAAUUCAGAACAGGCCUAAUGACCGUGGAAGCUUUUUUCAAUUUUUAUUUCGGUUUUGCGUUUUAUUGAGUUCAAAUACUUUUAGUAGGGUAGCAGGCGGCUCUACAUGGUCUCAUGCUCUUUUAAUGUCUAGCGAUGGUUUCAUGUUAUAAAAUUAUAUUUAUGGCUAUGACGUUUCCAUCUUUGUGGCGUUAAAGAUCGUCCCAAAUUUGACUUCAGACACUACACACAUGAGCACUUUGCUGUUGGUGCUGUACACUGAUCUGAAAAAAAGACUGGAUCGAACAACCUAUUGUUCUCCUACAUCAGCACAAUGAAGCUGAUCGAGCCUCUCCAUCUUGAGACCUCUCGCGCCUAAAGCUUUGGGCUGCCAUUUGUUAAAACGGUGCACACACAGUGCUGCGCCUUAAAUUGUGCAUUAACCAUUAAAUUCGAAAAUAUUCUAAGAUAUAACAGGCCUAAGAAAAUAAGUGAACAGUGAAUUCUUCGUUACAUAAGCUUAGUACUAUAGCAAAAAUGUUUAACGUCACUUGCGAAUGAUGCUUGUGCUCAUUCGCAAGUUUUUGUUUCAACGGUUACUUUGAAUUUUGCUAUAAAAAAGCAAGUUCAACUGAAACCAACAUGAUUGCUUUCUAGUCUCUAGUUUCAUACAACAUAGCGAGGUCUCAAGAUGAACGCUGCAAUGUGGAAUCAACGCUGGGCUGGAGAAGCUCGAUCCAGUCUUUUUUUAGACCAGUGGUGCUGUAGCACCCAAGACCGGUUGCUGUAGCAACGCCUCGAUUCCAAGCAGACUUGAGCGAAAGACCUAAACGUGAAAAAGCUUGAUAGCUGCUUUGUUGGUUUUCAAUUUUUUUUUAAUUAUUCUGCUGUCAAAUGAAAAGCCUGCAACACGAAUAUAAAGUAAAGUAGGCCUGUGUCUGCGACUGAAGAUGCUUGUUUGUGAUUAUCACCGCUUCUGAGUGGACAUGCCAAUAUGUUACUUGGUUUGUCUGCUACUUGCUUGAAACAAUGCAUGGGUUACCGUUCACAUUUACAAAAGAUAAUACGAAAUGCCAGUGAGCAGGUUACAUGCUUAGCGUACAGACAGAAUUGACCGAUGCGAAUCAAAGAUCAGUGAGCACCAGUAUUUUUAUGAAUAAUGAAUAAGGCCUAGGCCCGUGAAUCGAAAGCAGCUAUCGGGUGACUUAUGUUGAUUCCUCGGCAAAAUUUACUGCUCAAAUGCAGCCUAUGUGCUAUGUAUAUUGUCUGUAAUAUAAACGCGAUACAAGGUGUGUGAAUUAUUGUCAGAUAUGAGACACUUCUGCGCUGUUUUUCGACCAUGAGGCAUGCUCUUCUCAAUAUUUUUAACUUGCCUAGGCCAUGCUAGGCCGGAGAUUUUCUAUCAGAAGAUUGUUUCAUUCGAUUACGCUUGGAUUUUUCUUCGUUCUGGUUAUGUGCUACUCAAAGUGGGACUUCAUACAAGAUAGUUUUCGUCCUGAUUUGUUACGAGUCGAGAGAAGCCUUGAAAACGAUGACAUCGACGAAUUUGGUUAUGAUUUUACAAGUGUUUCGGAGAAUCUUUCAAGUACGGUAGAGGAUAUUGUGGAAGGAUCGUCAUUUAGUGGGUUUGAUAAAGGACUCAUCCGUCUGAAAAAGACGAGGAAAAACACGCUUCCAAAAAUGCCAGUGUUUGAUUAUGGUAGAGAUAGAGAUGUUGAUGUCGAGGGUGUAGAAGAUUACGUCAUGUGGCACGAGAACUUCAAAACGGAUACUCCUCUCCCUGUGAUACCAAGGCAGCAGAAAUGCAGCAAGCCAAGCUUGAACAUAGCUUUCCUGAAGACCCACUUUACCGGAAGUGACGUCUUGACAAACAUCUUCAACCGGCUUGGUGAUCUUCGAGAUUUGAAUAUGGCGUUGCCUAGUGACGGACUUUCAACAUUCUACUGGCCUAUGCGAUUCCAGUGGAAGUAUAUCGACAUAACUCUUUUGAAUGGUUCUCUGCCGAACAUAAUAUGUAAUCAUGCAAGGUAUAAUGGUGACGUCAUGGAUAAUAUAAUGACACCUGGAAGUGUAUACGUCACAAUUCUGCGAAAUCCCGCCACCCAGCUGGAAACAACUUUCCACAAUUUGAGAUUCGCAGAUCUUCUUGGCAUUGAGAAUGUCGAAGAUAAAGUUGAAACUUUUAUUUCUAAUCCGAAAGUUUACAUACAAAAUGUUAUUAAACAGAGAAAAUUCAAGGACUCACUGAACCUGAUUAAGAACGGGAUGUUCUUUGAUUUGGGCUUAAGCACGACAGAAUACCACAAAAAAGACGUUAUUAGAUCCACUAUUUGGGAACUAUAUGAGAAGUUUAGUUUAGUUUUGAUAUAUGAAUAUUUGGACGAGUCAUUGAUUCUGAUGCGUAGAAGAUUUUGUUUAGAAUUAGACGAUAUUUUGUACCUCAAAAUGCAUCACACUAACCAAAAUGCAAAUAACAGAGAAAAGUUUUCGCCGGAAUUAAUCGAAUUAAUACGCACAUGGAAUUCAGCCGACAUGGAACUUUAUACCUUUUUCAACAACACUUUGUGGAAGGAGAUAUCUUAUGAAGGCGACAGCUUCUGGGAAGAGCUUAGAGAAUACAGGAUGAAGCUUCGAGAAAUGGAAAUCGACUGUUUAGGUGAAGAGUCAUCUAUAACUGGAAGCGGCCUAAGCCAAAAUCUGAUGAUGGAGCAAGCGGUUAGGAUAAAUCCGAAUGUAUCUGAUACGAACUUGUAUCUUUGUAAAAAAUUAAUCAUGUCCGAGGUAGAAUAUUUAGAUUAUUUUCGAAGGAAGGAGUUGUUGUCUAGAAAGCGAUAAUCACCAUGAAAAUUCCAAUUUGUUUUGUAGCAAAGUUCUUAUAAUUGUUUUAGAAAAUGUGGCGUA